CAUCAUAAAAAACUGUGCACAUUUUUUAACUCUAUUAUCAGUUUUCGCGUACUCUAGUGUUGGUAUCCAGUGAACCCCCCCCUCUCUCUCUCUCUCUUUAUCAACUUGCACGUACUUUAGUGCUGUUAUUCGUGAUAACCCUCCCUCUCUCCCUCUCUCUCUAUCUCGCUCUGUCUCUCUCUCUCUCCUGCACAUAUGUUAACAGAGAAAAAGCACCAGAACCAGAUAUGUGCUCGAUCUGAUUGUUAGAAAUAAGAUUCCUAUGCAUUUUUGUAUCAAUUGUGUAUAAAGAUCUUUCCUUUUUGUGAUGUUGUUUUGGCUUUUCGAUUAGAUGGGUUUUCAUCAUGUUUUCAUAGGUUGGAAACAUGAAAGAGGGCGUUUACAGGUUUGAUAGAACUCUAGAGUCUAGAGUGAGAAAGUGUUAUCUGUUUAACUUUUGAAGUAGAUUGGUCUUUAGGUACUAAGGUUGGUUUUCCUGACAUUCAAUAAUAUUGGUUUUUCUAGGGUAACUCAUGAGAUGAAUAUUUAGAAAGUUGUAGCCUUUUAGUCCUAUGGAAACUGGUGAGCAAGUAGGUUUGAUAACGUUGGUUUAUGACUCAUGAGGUUUGAUAUCUGAAAUUGGAGAGAGAAUGAAAUUUACAAUGAGUACCUGGAUUUUCGUGGCUCCUUAGGUGUGUGGAAUUGGUAAAAUUUCCCAUUUUGUUUAGGUCCUCCAUCAUCAAAUCAGAUCAAAGUGAGAGAAUGAGAUUCAUGGUGGUAAUACAAUUCCCUGCUUUCUUUGGAAUGGAUAAUUGGGGAGGUUUUUCCUGACUAAAUCAAUUCACAAGCCUCCUUUAUCAUAUCAAACCAUUAUCACAAAAUGAGACCUUUAGAGGACAAGAGUGGUAAUGCUUUCGAAUUUCACAAGGGAAGCAAUCCAAAUAGGGCAUCUCAUCAAAGAACAGUUUUGGGAUCUCUUAGUAAGCCAGCGCCCUCAAAAUGGGACGACGCCCAAAAGUGGCUUGUUGGUCAAAAUCAAGCCAAGCCCAAAGUUAGGGUUUUAAUUAUGGAAGACCGAGAACUAGGGUUCACUCAUUCCCAAAAAGCCAAGGACUCUUCUAGCAAAUCAGAGGGAUCAGUUGAGGAACAAGUUGUGAACGAUGAUGAAGGGGAAACCAAGAAAAUUGAUUGUAAUGAGUCACUUUGGCGAAUCAAUAAGACUAGUUUGGAGGAUUCAGCAUCUGCUAUUCGAUCUGUUUGUGUAAGGGAUAUGGGGACUGAAAUGACCCCAAUUGGUAGUCAAGAGCCAUCGAGGACAGGGACACCCCUUAGGGCCAGUACCCCAUGUAUUAGGAGCCCUAUUUCUUCUGGUUCAUCAAGUCCUAAUAGAUCAAACCAUGGAGUACAGGCCGUUGAUGGCUCAAGUUUACAGUCUUUGGAAAAUAGAAGAGAUGUUAUGUAUCAAGGGAGGCCAAGUGUUACAGGGUGGUCAAGCAAAGACGGUGAAUCUGAUGCUUCUAGGAUUCUUUGCAGGAACAGUUCAGUUUGUGUUGAAAGGCACAGUAGCUUGGAGACUCGAGCCUUGGCAUGGGACGAGGCAGAAAGGGCAAAAUACAUGGCAAGGUAUAAACGUGAAGAGGUGAAGAUACAGGCUUGGGAAAAUCACCAGAAAAGAAAAGCUGAAACAGAAAUGAGGAGGAUGGAGGCAAGGGCAGAGAGAUUGAAAUCACGAGCACAAGAGAGACGGACGAAUAAGUUAGCUGCUACACGUCGCAAGGCUGAAGAGAAGCGUGCAAAUGCCGAGGCCAAAUUGAAUGAGCAAGCUGUGAGGACUUCAGAGAGAGCAGAUUAUAUAAGGAGGACCGGCCGUAUACCUUCCUUUUUCUAUUUCAAGUUCUGUCGGUGAAAUCUUAGAUGGAGAGAUCUGUUUGGUUCAUUAUAUGUGAUAGUCUACCGUUCUGCAGGCACAAUACUGUCUGUACUCUACAUGUAGGUCUCCACCAUCUGUUCUAAAUGAUAUUGGAGAUUUACAGUUCGCCUACAAUUAUCAGCUUGUGCAGAGGAGCAAUUUAUGUCCAUUUACUGUCAUUGAGAACAGAUUUUGGAGACUACUUUUAGUAUUCAGUGUGGUGCAUGUAUGAUAUACAAUCUCUUAUCAUCUUCUUUUUGUUGGUUGUAUCUGCUCAGGCAAUAAUGACAGCAGCAGCGAUUUAAGGUGUAAGAAGACCGGUUGUUAUAUUUUGAAUGAUAUCAUUUGAGAUAUUUAUGAAAAGGAUGAGGUUUUGGUGUGUCAGC